AGAAGGGCAAAGCUGAAGGAUGCCGUCUGAGGUGUGCCUCAGUUUUCAAGAUAUGCUGACUGGCCAGCGGCUUUGCCAGUCUAGUUCUCAUAAUGAUGCUGUCUUGGCUGCUCUGAACCAGCAAAGAAGUGACGGGAUUCUCUGUGAUAUAACUCUUAUAGCGGAAGAGCAGAAAUUCCAUGCCCACAAGGCAGUCCUAGCAGCAUGCAGUGACUACUUCAGAGCGAUGUUUAGCCUUUGUAUGGUUGAAAGUGGCGCAGAGGAGGUGAAUUUGCAUGGCAUCACAAGCAUAGGCUUAAAGCAAGCUCUGGACUUCGCGUACACUGGACAGGUACUCUUGGAACCAGGUGUGAUUCAAGAUGUGCUUGCUGCAGGCAGCCAUCUGCAGCUGCUGGAAAUGCUUAGUUUAUGUUCUCACUAUCUUAUCCAGGAGUUAAAUAGCUUUAAUUACUUGGACCUAUAUAAACUUGCUGACCUAUUUAACCUCACUUUACUGGAAAAAGCGGUGGUUGACUUCUUGGUGAAACACCUAUCUGAGCUACAGAAGAACCACCCAGAAGAAGUCCUGACGCUACCAUACUGCCUCAUCCGAGAGGUCUUGAAGAGUGACCGACUCACGUCAUUGAGCGAAGAACAAAUUUGGCAGCUAGCUGUGAGGUGGCUAGAACACAAUUGCCGUUACCAAUACAUGGACGAACUUCUCCAGCAUAUUCGGUUUGGGCUUAUGGACGUGGACACUUUGCAUACAGUAGCCCUCUCUCACCCUCUUGUCCAAGCUAGUGAAACCGCAACAGCACUGAUCAAUGAGGCCUUGGUAUAUCACCAGAGUAUCUAUGCACAGCCAAUAUGGCAGACCAGAAGGACAAAACCUCGCUUCCAGUCAGACACACUUUACAUCAUUGGCGGGAAGAAACGGGAGAUCUGCAAAGUUAAAGAACUUCGAUACUUCAAUCCUGUAGACCAGGACAACGUUUAUAUAGCGGGGAUUGCAAACUGGAGUGAGCUGGCGCCCAUGCCGGUAGGAAGAAGCCACCACUGUGUUGCCGUAAUGGGAGAUUUCCUUUUCGUAGCUGGUGGCGAAGUAGAGCAUGCCACCGGCCGCACUUGUGCAGUACGGACUGCUUGUCGAUACAACCCUCGAAAUAAUUCUUGGGCUGAAAUAGGUCCAAUGAAGAACUGCCGGGAACAUUUUGUGUUGGGAGCUGUGGACGAAUACCUCUAUGCAGUCGGAGGUAGAAAUGAGCUGCGUCAAGUGUUGCCUACGGUGGAGCGCUACUGCCCUAAGAAGAACAAGUGGACUUUUGUUCAGUCCUUUGACAGAUCCCUUUCCUGCCACGCGGGAUAUGUUGUGGAUGGUCUUCUUUGGAUAUCAGGAGGAGUAACAAAUACGGCACAAUAUCAGAACAGGCUAAUGGUGUAUGAUCCUUCACAAAAUAAAUGGCUUAGCCGUAGCCCCAUGUUGCAGAGAAGAGUCUACCAUUCAAUGGCAGCUGUGCAAAGGAAGCUGUAUGUUUUAGGAGGCAAUGACCUGGAUUAUAACAAUGACAGGAUUCUUGUCCGCCACAUAGAUUCCUACAAUAUAGACACCGACCAGUGGACACGCUGCAACUUCAGUCUGUUGACAGGCCAAAAUGAAUCGGGAGUUGCUGUUCACAAUGGCAGAAUAUACUUAGUUGGUGGCUACUCAUUUUGGACGAAUGAACCCUCAGCAUGUAUCCAGGUGCUGGAUGUUAGUAAGGAAGGAAAAGAAGAGGUUUUCUAUGGGCCCACCUUGCCUUUUCCUUCUAAUGGGAUAGCUGCCUGCUUCCUUCCAGCACCCUACUCAACAUGCCCCAACCUGCAGCCUUUGCAAGUGCCUCAUCACAAGAUAGGCACUAUGUGACAAAAGGAGCGUGACUGAUGAGAGAGGAAGCUUCUUCAUCCAUCCUGAUUUCAUCUUUGAAUCAACCAAAAGGGGAAGAAUUGUUCUGAAAUUCUUUAUUGUAUUAAAUGCAGUAGAA